AGCCAGGAAAUGCCUCUUCACAUUGGUCGGCUGAGAUCUUUAUGCGCACUCUGGCUGCCCUGCACGGUUCGUGAGUCUCGGCCGUGACUCUGUGGAGUUGCCACGGUUCAGAGCAGGGAUUAGGUUGGAGUCGGGACCAGAGCGUCACUCAUUCAGAGCACAAGCACACCGAGCCAUGAACCAUGUCGCACAGCGGGCCUGCUCGAGCUCCAUGGCCUGAUUUGUAGCCGCUGCUCCGGCGCUGGAGCGGCUGGCUGAAUCCUCCGAGAUGCUGCGAGAUCUACCCUGCAGUCGCUGCCCAACAAUAACAGCACCGAGUUCGACGUCGGCCAGCCGAACCAGCCAUGCUUUUCAGACGGACUGCCAGGAUGUUGCGCUGGCUCUUCUGUGGUCGUGUGGGUCCAACGUGGGUGUUGAAGGCGUUGCUCUUCUUUGUGGCCAUAGCGUUUGCUGAUCAGCUGCUGGGGGUCAUCUUCAACAAAAGUAAUGUCCAGCCAGUCCCUCACUCCCUUUUCUCAUCUCCGGACAUUCAGGGGCCAUCGCUCGGCUCCUGUCAGCCCCGCACGCACAUCAUGUUUCUCAAAACUCACAAGACAGCCAGCAGCACUGUGCUGAACUUGCUGUACCGUUUUGGAGAUGAACAUAACCUGCGCUUUGCUCUCCCCCUGGACUACCAGCUGGGUUAUCCUCAUUCCUUUGUUGCCCAUAGAGUCAAAGGAUACCAGGGUCCCAGGGCCAUUGAGUUCCACAUCAUGGGCCAUCAUAUGAGGUUUAACAAACCUGAGGUGGAGAAGGUGAUGCCGGCAGACACCUUUUAUUUUUCUAUCAUCCGGGACCCAGUCUCUUUGGCUGAGUCCUCUUUUGCCUAUUACAAAUCAGUAGCUCCUGCUUUUCAGAAGGCCAAAAGCAUGGGAGAAUUUGCUGAUGACCCUGUGAAGUUUUACGACCCUCAUCUCCGCAACAAUCACUUUGCCCAUAACCCCCUGUGGUUUGACUUUGGCAUGGACAACAAUUUAAAUUUCUCAGUGGAACUUGCUCGGCAAGGCGUGGAUACCAUACGCCGGACCUUCAAGCUCAUUCUGGUGGCUGAGUACUUUGACCAGUCCAUGAUUCUACUGAGACACGCCCUGUGUUGGCCACUAGAGGCUGUUGUCUCAUUUAGCCUCAAUGCCCGCCAGCAAAGAACUGUCAGCUUUGGGGGAAUUGGCGAUACCUGGGUGGGUAAAGCUGCAGCUGCAGCUGGUGUCAAAGUCACAGGUGGACAAUCACUAACAAAGACACCACCCAGACUGUCACUGACAGAGGAACAGCGGGAGAAGCUUCGGAAUUGGAACGCCAUGGACUGGUAUCUCUACAAAGCCUUAAACCAGACCUUUUGGGAGGAAAUCCACAGGUUUGGUCUGGUUGAGAUGAAGCAGGAAGUAGCUCUUCUGAGAAUGCUGAGGGAAGACCUUGCCAGGGUUUGUCUCAGGGACGGCGGAAAACCUGUAGAAGCACACCGGAUCCGUGAUAAAAACAUCCGACCAUUCCAAAGUGGAUUCCAGAAGAUUCUGGGUUACGAACUCCAAACUGGGCUGGACAAUUACACCAGAAUGGCUUGCCUGAGAAUGAUCAGGCCCGAGCUUCAGUACAAGGACCUGUUAGAUGCUAAACAGUUCCCUCGAUCCAAAACAACCCAAGUCCACCCAGGCCAACAGCCCCUGUCUGCGGUGAGACAAGAUUCAUCCAAGAUAAGAGAAAGUUUUGUCAGCAGGAUGGUAGAGGAGGCAAGGAGAGACUGGGAUGGAAGCAAAUUAAUUGGGAGCAACCAGACAUUAACAAGAAAUCAUGUCAAUGGAAAAUUAAGAUAAGUCUCCCUCCUACAUUUGCUACUUCAAAGAAAUGAAAGCUGAGCCAAUUGCAGUCUGUUAAGGACAAACAUCCUCUUUUGCACUAAAACUAGGUGUCUUGACUUUCCAACCUCUUGGUUACUUGAAAAAGCUAAUGGCUGCAGUAGGAAGCCUAAACAUGAUUUGUUUGUUUUUUUUUUUCCUUUUUUGUUCCCUUUCUAAAAGUUAUGUAAAAUCUUACGUUAGAUUGUUUUAAUGUUGACCUCAGAAUUUCUUUUGCAAGAUCUCGUAAAAACACACUUUGUGCCUCAAAGAACAGUCACUGAUUCUAACUUGUUUGGUAGCAAUACAUGCAAUACAUAGUGAUCUUUCAGUCCUACCACUAACCACUUGCUCUUUACCAAUACACGGUAUUUCCACACCCUUUGAGAAACAAAUAAAGGAACAUUCUCUGCUGUUAUCUGUCUUUAACGUACUGUCUGAUAUUUACCUGGAGUUGCACACUUCACGCAAGCAUUAUAUCAGUGGUUCUCAAUUAAACUCUUGGGGACAGAAAUGUUUUCACGCUACCCCCACCCACUCUCCCCUGACCCACACCCCCCAAAUUUACAUGCUAUUGAAAACUUGAUAACGUUUAUGUAUAUUUACAAACCACUGUAUGAGUUGCUGCCACCUAGUGACUGGAGGAUUGUUAUCAUUCAAGCAUUACAGCAGUGGUACACUUAUGUCCAGUGUGCCAUAUUCCAUUGGAAGCCCCUCCCUGUCACCUGCAAACGGUCCUUCAAAAAAAAAAAAAACAACAUUAAGCUUAUAACAAAAUUCACAACAUUACUCCAGUGUUCUAAUCCAGAAUGCAAGUGUUAUUUAGUAAUAAUGAAGAUCUAAUAGUAGUUUCUCGAGUAUCACAUGUUCCUUUAACUGUGCACUAGACUGCUUUUCCUGCCACUCAUUUUGCAAGUGAUGCCUGCAAACUAAUUUUCUCACUUAUCAGGAAAUGAAAGUUAAGAUUUGUUGUUUGCAGUGUCAAGGAAAACAAAACACACAGUAUUCCCUUGAGGCCCAUGAUCCUUCAUUAGCAGAGGCCAAGUUGAAUUUCAUGGGCAAAUGUUUUCUCUAUGAAGAUUCUCAGUUCUCAUCCAGGUCAUGGUCAAGGUUGAAGAGUUCUGUUAGGCAACUGGAUGUGAAAUUUUCUUAAAGAAGACGUUUCACCUUUCAUCCAAGAGCCUUCUUCAGUUCUUCUGAGAAGAACUUAGUUCAGUUCUUUAGUUCCAGAACUCUUCAAACAUUGUGGAAAUUAAUAAAUUGAACGUGAUUUGAAGGGCUAAUGCAGUGGCAUCCAAAAAUUUCUCUACCCUCUUGCCCCCCUGAUUCAUAAGAAGAAUUUGCUCAUUUAUUUCACACAUUUUAAAUGUAACUGUUUUUACGCACCAUAGACGUCUCCAUUUGCUAGCAUUGCCAACUUUGGUCAGUUGGCGAGAGUGAGAGAACAUUUACAGCAUAAUAGUCUUGUUACGUUUCAUUCAUUUAUACCAUCUGCGGCCCUGCAAUGGCACUGCGCCUCCUGCAGGGGAUGCGCCACCCAUUUUGGCUAAUUAAUACUUCACUCUAUUAUUAACUUUAUAUGGUUUGAAUAUAUAUAUGACAGUAAAAAUAUGGCACACUUGUGUGGGUUCAAAUGGACUGCCAAGAUACAAAUCACUGUCCAGUAUGGACCACAGAGCGUAACAGUACCAAAUUCAAACCAAAUAGUUCUAAAGUGUAAACUCUUUUCUUUUGUAGACUCUGGCCAGUCAAUUCAUAUUUGACACACUCAAGCUUUACCUUUGUCUGACACCCUGACAGGAGGAAGAAGAAAAACAACCUCCUCCCACGGUUACUUAAAAUGAUUUUUGAACGCUUCUAUGGAUAGAUCUUGGCAAGGACUGUCAUUAUUUAAGUGUUGAAGAUACUGUACUUUGGUAGAUUUACUGACAUCACCAUUCUUGAAAGUAAGGGGUUCCUUGAUUCCCGUUGAAUCUACCAUCGACAUAUUUGUCUGUCGAGUGGCUUGCAAUACUAUCAAGUUAGCAUGCAAAUGAGUCAAAAUAGGCCUAAAAUUUAAAUCAUAAAUAUGUAAUUUAAAUUGGUAUUUUCAAGACGGAAGUGGGUUUUAUCGUGAAAGAGUAAUGGAACCGCUUACUCUCACAUUACAGAUGCGUCAUUGAUUAGCUUGUACCGGUAUUUUAAAGUAUAGGUGCUGUAAAUGAAAAGCACAUGGCUUAUCGAGUUAUGUGAAAUCAGUCUAGAAAGGUGGGAGUAGAAUAUUGGAUUAAGUAUUGUUUGAUGACAAACAGUAAAAAGGUCGUUAUUACAUGGGUCUCAGGCUGUAAAUUGUCUUUGAAAGUUGAAGUAAUUGGACGUACAAUUUGGACAGGAGAACAACCUUUGUUUUAAUCAUAAUUAAUCAUAAUUUCUUGUCGUACUAUGUAAUUGACAACACAAAUCUAUAUCCCAGACUAUAUGGUCCUGGCUGCUGCUUAACCUAAGAGUUCAAUUUCUACACCUUAAUUUUCUCCGUGUCGCCUUUAACUGUGUACAAUAUGUACAGAAGACUGGUCUCAAUUCACACGAAUAGAAAGGUGUCUCAUAGAUAAUUCUGAGGCUAAAUAAAACAACAAAAUGAUGAACUUGGAGUCAACUUUAUAGGCCACACCUUAUGGAACUCUUUGUAUGGAUGUCCGAUAUGCUGAUAUUGUCCAAAUAUAAAUUAACACGUACUUAUUUCUGAUUUUGAUAUCCAGCGAUACCGAUAUAUGCAGCCAUUCGGGUUAAAGGCAUAGGACACAUUUCAUUGUAUGCAGUGGUGUACUGUGUUACAAUGGCAAUACAGUGCACAAUACAUGUAAUAGUUUCACUUUCACAUCAAAACUAUUUUAGGGCACAUUAUCUGGGCAUUUCAUAAUUAAGCUAAUAUUGGCCGAUAAUAUUGGUUGGCUGAUAUUAUUGGACAUCCAUUUUUGUUCAAUUCUAUAAAGUAAUAAGACAGACAGGUGAGAAUGAUUUUCAGUUUAUUCUCUUUAUUCCCUCUUGGAACUUUCCUUUGGCGCCACCAUUGGCAGGAUGUAUUUGUUUCACUUCUGGUUUUAUUUUCCUCAGCCGCACCAAUCAUUGUUAUUUCUUUUUCGUAGCAGUUGUUUGUAUUUGGUAGGGAAGGCUUGAUACAACAUUUUCAUGUCCAAUACCAAAACUGCAACUUUAAGUAUCUGCAGAUAUUGAUAUCAAUCUGAUGGCGCAAAGUUAAAUUGAGCAUUUGGGCUUAGGUAUCGAAAUUGAAUGGGCUAUAGAUUUUUUUCAAAAAUGUCCUAUCCUUAAAUUUGACCAGCGUCAGAUGAGUAUUGGAUUGAGCCAUCCCUAGUAUUUUGUCAGGGGAAGUGAAUUACCAGACUACAAGCAAUUGUUUGUCCUCAUGACAAACCACAGGAGAAACACUGCUUUUUGGGGACUCACUUAUGCUGGGACAUUUUUUAUUCCUCAAGGUUUCCAGUUAUGAAACGGGGCUUUAAAACAAUGUUGUUACAUAUUUAUUAUUCUGUUUGCCAUUUGUAUAUAUUGUAUUUAUCUUGGGUUUACCUCUCUGUAGAGGUUAAAUGAGUGUGCCUAUCACAGUACAACGGAAUUUAGCAUGAUAUUAGUGAAAAAAGGUGCCAGUUAGUAAUUAGAGUUCAGGUUUUCAAUCGUUAUUGUGAUUUACUGGUUUCACUGAUUGUAUCACGUGACGGGACUGAGUAUUCUGCAUUGUUAACAGAUUAACAAACAAAUCUCCUGCUAAUUGCUGCUUUUGAAGAAGUGUUUUUUUGUGUGCGUGUGUGAAUAGAAACAUCCCAUGUCACGUGUCAUUAAGAAAAGAAAACCUAAACAUACUCCGUUCAGCACACUUCUAAAUACACAUACAAAUAUUAAAGGUCCACUUGUAUGAAUAUAUUACUGACAUAUAAAUAAGUGUUAACUUUUUGCCGAUAUCCAAUAUGCCAAUAUUGUCCAAACACUUAAUUUCCAAUUCCGAUAUACGCUGCCGUUUGCCCCCCAAAACUGAGGUAAACAUCUCAGCACCCUACAAGUGAUUCAAGCACAUUGAAGCAAAUCUAUUUUUUUUUUAGAACAUGUGACAAAGGUUCUGGUAAAGCAUGUGAACGUGUGCUAAUUUUCCAACAUACAUUUAUUCAUACACAGUUCUUCCUUCAAGAAGAAGUCAUUACUCGUGUUUACUUGACAAAGCUGAAACAAUGUUUACCUUUUUUGUUUACUUUUUUCUUAAAUGCAAUCUCUCAACUUCUCUCUACCACACCUUUGAAUAGGAGUCACCGCAUGCAUUAGCAUUUUAAGUAAACUCCACUUGAUAAACAUGACACAACUAUGAGCUACAUUUAGGAUAAAUGUUAGGAACAUUUGCUAAAAUGUCAUGAUCCAGGCAGUGGCUAAAGUUUGUUUCAAUAACUGUAAAAGUGUACUCUGGCUUUAGUAUUACUUGAAACAGCAUAAAUCCAUUGAUUAAAAUUUUCUUAGACCAAACUCUUAAUGUGCAUACACAGAGUUGAGCUGUUCUCUUCCUUGUAUCGAAUAAAAAUUGUUUUUUAUUGAA